AUGAUCAGACAUGCCAGGGAAUUACCCAAGUAUACAGCAGGCUUCUAUGGGCCAGGUAACAGAUCAUCAUUUUGUUCUUUCAGUGGAGAGAACAGUGAGAAGUUGCUGGAAUCCCCAGAUGUCACAUCAGAAACCCCAGAGGUCUUGUCAGAUACAACACAGAGUAGAGAAAACAUUGACCAACUGAAGCUUUCACAACACAUGUACAGAUCCUUUACAAAUCAAGCAGGGAGAUGUGCCAGAACAUUAUUACAUAGAACUUACAUGAAUUUAAAGGAAAACCAGUUGUUGAACGAGGAACAUAGUACAGAUAACACAGUGCAGACUGUAGCUCAGACAGGAAAGACAUUUUCACAACUCCUGAAGAUUGCAGGUUUACCUGCUCACAUUGAUCACGCUGGUUUUUGGAAAAGAAUGUUGACAACUCCGACUCUCAAACAUAGUUCCAGAAUAUACUGUCUUGAAUCAGCAACAAACAAACUGAGUGACUCAGACAGUCAGACUGCAAAAGAACAUUUUAAUGACCUUAUGUACCUCAAGUACCAGUAUCCAAAUCCACCACAAGCAAAGAUAUUGUCGGCCAUAUUUCCAGAGCCAGAAAAACUGGUAUACAGCAUGUUGAAGCUUGCUAUGAGCGCUGAUGAUAAUUGUGUUCAUCGCCUGGUUGUCACAGAUCAUUUGCAGCAACGCUACUGGAAAGCUUCUUUGACUUUGUCCUGGCCAAAAGAAAUAACAGUUUUAGGUUUACAUCCAGAAAGGGAUCUGGCCAUUUUUGGAUCUUAUUUACACAUGUGUGAAUCUUUGAAGGAUGCGGGUCUGUUAUAUGAGAACGAGGAUGGAGUAUGGGUACCAAUGACAUGCGAAAAAGUGAUGAUGAUGCUAGAAAAAUUAUCAAAAUAUGGAGAAUCUUCAUUAGGCUGUUCAAAAGGCAGAGGGUUUAAAAUCAUUUUGGAACAAGUCAAAGACAAGGGUUACGACAGAGAAAAACUUGAUGAUGAUCAGACAAUUAGUAUAAGUAAAACAAAUAGGACAGCAGAAGAUGUAGAGAACAAAUCUCUUGGAAGCUAUUUACAAGAUAAUGAUGCCAGAUUAUGUCAGAAGAGUUCAGAUUUAAUUCAGGAAAAUAAAGAUAUAUGGCACCCUGAAGUUGUUGCUGCAUGUGACAGUUCCACUAAUGCUCUAUUUCAAAUGGCAGUGGAAAACGCUGAAAAUAUGAGUAUGCCGAACUGUGGUGUAAGGCAGAUAAGUAAACCAAAGUGGCUGUGUACGAUCCAUGUAGGUUGGCCAUUUCCAUUCUCCGUCCAUGCAGAAGGGUUGUCUCUUCCUGCUGCACAAAUUUUGGGCUACAUGUCUGUCGUCUGUAAACUAAAGCUGCAAAAGUUGCUGAUUGAGAACAACAGUGAACUAUCUUGCACACGUAUUGAACACAUAGUGCUCAGUGCCACCAAAGCGCGCUGGUCGAAGAACAUACAUAAGCCCUCAUAUUAUAAAACUGAAGAAGACAAGUUCAGCGCUGAUGCUAAGAUAUUCUGCGAUGCUUCGGUGUGGGGAUUCGGUGCUUUUUUAACUCUAAAUUCAACUCAGAAGGUGAGCUGGUUCAGUGAAGAGUGGGAUGGUCACAGAAUUAACGCACUGCUUCACCAAUUCAAGAAACCAUAUCUGAACUCCCUGAUUGGAGAGUUGUAUGCUCUGGUCACAGCAGUCUUCACAUGGAAGCACAAGUUGCGUAGUCAGAGACUUCUUUGUUACAGCGAUAAUUUGACAGUCGUCAGUGUUGUCAAUUCCUUUGUCUCGGAGCCGGCAAAAGAAGAUUUGUGUAAGGACCCCAUAGAUGAUCUGAUUUGCAUUCUCCAGUCUACAUGUCAUGAGUAUAGAAUCACCUUGCAAGUGAGUUGGUUGGGCCGCAACGAGAACCAGCUGGCCGACUGCCUAGCUCGGAGAGACUUUCUAGCAUUUAAGGCUGCUGUUCCCAAGGCUGCUGUCAAUAAGACCAAAGCUAAAAAACUUCUCUUUUAA